AUCGUCGUGUUUCUGUUAUUAUUUACAACAUAUUUUUUGCACGCGUCGCUGUCUCUGUCGUCGUCAUCAUCAAUAUCAACGUUGUCUACUUUUAUCUGUAUGUGUGUGCAUGAGUGUGCGCGUUUCUUAAUAUAUGCAAAUCAAUUGGGAAAUUAAAUGCUUUUAAGUUCAAUUCGGUAAAAGUAUAAUUGCGAGACGACACAAAACCACAACAACGACUAGUUCGUAUAUGUACGUCUACGUCCACCUUGAAAUAGAGAGCGCACCGCAUAAUUUUCAUAAUAUACAGGAGAACGUGUCUACGUUACGACAACAAAUAUUAAAAAAUCCGCGAAAAAAUUCCAAAGCGCUCGGCGCUUAGCAUGAAAAUCUGUGAAAAUCCACAACCCCACGCAGUAAAACAAAACAGGCACAAGCAGCUGUAAUAAAAGUAAAAAGUGUACAAGUGUUUAAUGCCGCCCAUUCUGCGGAUGCGUUCGUUUGUUUGGUUGCGAUUGUGAACGUCCCAUUGUACUUAAGUUUAUGUUUAUGUGUGCGUGCGUGCGUGCGUGUGUGUGUGUGCAUGUUUUUAUGUUAGACUGUUCGUUCUUUUGAAAUUCUAUAAAAUAAAUUAAAUAAUUCUCUCAUUGGCCAGCCAGCUCAAGCAACAAUAAUAAGCGAAGAUUACCAAAACCAAAUACGUAAACAAAUAAAAAAAAGAAAUCAAUGCGGCAAAUUUACAAACAAUAAAGUAAAAAAGCGCAGACGUAUCGCUAUUCACAGUUAGCCACAAGAAAAGUCGACUAAACGUUGAUGUUGUUCAUUGUGGACUCGCUUCAUUCUGCACGACUCCCGUUCCAGUUCAUGGUCGCAUAAAAUAACCUAAAACAAAUGUUUUUCUAACGAGCCGAAAUUCCCUUCAUACUGCACUCCUCCCAACAUCGACGCAUCAAUAAAUAAAAUCGGGCAUUUAACGCACAGCUUAAGCAAUCGGAGAUACUUUGUCACGCCGACAAAUACACACACCGGAUCAGCAAUUAUACAAAUAUAUAAAUUUGGUGCUGCAAAUAAAACGCACAAUGAAAAACGACGUCGUACGAUGGAGCCGCAUGCAGCACCCAAAUAGUAAUAUAAGUAGCAGCAACAACAACAGCACCAACAGCAGUAGCAUCAAUAAUAAACAAAGUCCAAGAUGUCGGAACAGUGAAGGCUGCAAAAGUAAUAACGCACAUCUAACGCCACAUGUUGCUCGGAGUCUUGUGCCAGAGAUUUCCGCCUGGCAACAACAACAACAACAAACAAUCAUUGAAUGUGAUAUAACAAAUUUCAAUUGCAAUUUAUUCAAAACUAGUUUUUUACCGCAAUGCAAAACACAAAAACAAAGAAGCAGACAUUGUUUAACGUCGACUGCGACGUCAAAAGCAGCAGCAACAACAAAAACGAGAUCAUCGCGCAGGUUGCUGCUAAUUUUGCAAUUUAGUGCCGUAGUUUUUUUAUAUAAUUUUAAUGUCGGUUUCGUGGCCGGAAAUGCGGCGGCAGCGGCGCACGCAGCGAAAGUGGAGGCCGCCACACCAUCGGUUCUCCCGCCAUAUGUACUUGACUAUGAAACGGCCAGCGGCAACGCCGGCAGCGGCAGCCCGAGCAAGCUGAUAGGCGCGAGCGUCAGCGGAGAAGGCGAGAGCGGGUCAAAUGGCGUUGGACACUAUACGCACACCUGGGCGGUGCACAUACCGAAUGGUGAUAAUGGGAUCGCCGAUGCGGUGGCCAAAGACCACGGUUUCAUCAAUUUGGGCAAGAUCUUCGAUGAUCACUAUCAUUUCUCACAUCACAAGGUCUCCAAGCGAUCCCUUUCGCCAGCCACGGAUCACCAGACUCGGCUCGACUUCGACGAACGGGUGCACUGGGCCAAACAGCAGCGUGCCAAAUCGCGUUCCAAACGGGACUUCAUCCGGGCGCGUCCUUCGCGCACCUAUCAGCGUACGACCGAUUCUAUGAAUUUUAAUGACCCGAAGUGGGCGGGCAUGUGGUAUUUGAAUCGCGGAUUUGGCCUGGACAUGAAUGUGAUACCUGCUUGGAGGGAAGGCAUAACAGGCAAAGGCAUUGUGGUGACCAUUCUUGACGAUGGCCUGGAAUCGGACCAUCCAGACAUUGUACAGAACUAUGACCCGAAAGCAUCGUAUGAUGUGAACAGCCACGACGACGAUCCCAUGCCGCACUACGAUAUGACCGAUUCGAACCGCCAUGGUACGCGUUGUGCGGGCGAGGUAGCCGCCACAGCGAAUAACUCGAUUUGUGCGGUGGGCAUAGCCUAUGGAGCGAGUGUGGGUGGUGUGCGGAUGCUGGAUGGUGAUGUGACUGAUGCUGUGGAGGCGCGUUCGCUCUCGCUCAAUCCGCAGCACAUCGAUAUCUACAGCGCCUCGUGGGGGCCAGACGAUGAUGGCAAAACCGUGGAUGGGCCCGGUGAAUUGGCCUCGCGGGCCUUCAUCGAGGGCACCACUAAAGGGCGCAAGGGCAAGGGCAGCAUAUUCAUUUGGGCCUCUGGCAAUGGUGGUCGCGAGUUGGACAAUUGCAAUUGUGAUGGCUACACGAAUUCCAUUUGGACGCUGUCCAUAUCGAGUGCCACCGAAGAGGGCUAUGUGCCCUGGUAUUCGGAGAAAUGCAGCUCUACGCUUGCCACUACCUACAGCAGCGGCGGGCAGAGCGAGAAGCAGGUGGUCACCACAGAUUUACAUCACUCCUGCACCUCAUCGCAUACAGGCACCUCGGCCUCGGCACCCCUUGCGGCCGGCAUUGCCGCCCUCGUGCUUCAAUCAAAUCAGAAUCUAACGUGGCGCGAUCUGCAACACAUUGUGGUACGCACAGCAAAGCCGGCCAAUCUAAAAGACUCGACGUGGGCGCUCAAUGGUGUCGGUAGACGUGUCAGUCAUUCCUUUGGUUAUGGCCUAAUGGAUGCGGCGGAAAUGGUGCGUGUGGCACGCUCAUGGAAAACCGUUCCGGAACAGCAACGCUGUGAAAUCAAUGCGCCGCACGUGGACAAAGUCAUUCCACCACGCACUCACAUUACUCUGCAGCUUUCUGUGAACCACUGCCGAUCAGUCAAUUACCUGGAGCAUGUGCAGGCCAAGAUCACGCUCACCUCACAGCGACGCGGCGACAUUCAGCUCUAUUUGAGAUCGCCAGCUAACACGAAGGUCACGCUGUUAACCUCCCGCGCCCAUGACAAUUCACGUUCCGGAUUCAAUCAGUGGCCCUUCAUGUCGGUGCAUACGUGGGGCGAGUCGCCGCAUGGAAACUGGCAGCUGGAAAUACACAAUGAGGGUCGCUAUAUGGGCCAUGCCUUGUUGCGCGAGUGGUCACUCAUCUUCUACGGCACCACACAAACCAUCGACCCGAACGAUCCCAUUUCGGUGCCGCGCUCCAGCAGCGCCGAGGCCACCACACCCAACUCGAGCACCACCAGCACCACAACCAAUCUGCAUCAGAUCUAUUCGCCGCAAUAUCCGCGCAUAUCGCCCAACAACUUCGGCAAUACGGCGUCAGGCGGCGCGAAGGUGCCCUUGGGGAAAUUGCCACCCAACAAGUCCAUCUAUGUGACCAACAACCCGCUUGGCGCCAGCAUAAUGGGCAAGCAGAACAACAACAAUAAUAAUAACAACAACAAGCAGCAAGUAGCCAAGCAAGGAUAUCAACAAAUAUCAGCCACCUAUGGCGUCAUACUGGGCAAGGCGAACAAUGGCAAGGCUAACAAGGCGAACAAGGGCAAGGCCGGCGACAAAUCGAAUGCAAACAAAAACGGAUCGGGCAAGGGGAGUGCCAAGAAGGAGCAGACAACCCAAAGCACAACAGCAACAACGACCAGCAAGAACAAAUAUUACCGCAUCUCCCAACAGCAAGGCUCCAGCAACAGCAACAAGUCGAACAACAAGCAACAGAAUGGCGUGCAAACGCCUAGACCCAAGGCCAGUUCCGGUGAAAAGUCCGGCACCUACGACACGGAAAAAACGCGUAAAAUUGUCGGUGAAAUUAGCGUUGGAAGCCGUGUGAAUGGCACACGCCUGCCGGUAAAGGCGGCCAAGCAGGUGAAGGACAGCUCCAGUUCCAGCUCUAGUUCCAGUUCAAGCUCCAACUCUGAUGCUCGCAUACCCAAGCUAUUCGAACGCUAUGAGAAAAUCCAAGCCAUUUUUCCCGAAUUACAGCCCUACGAAACGCCCAAGGCCUCCAAGAACACAACAUCUGCAUCGAAUAAACGUAAACAGGACAAACAGUUCGAGGUGGAGCUGCUCAAGAUCUAUGACCAUGCCCGGCCUGGCAACACAAGCAAGCCUGCGAAUACUAAGAAGUCACCAUCGGCGCCACCACCGCCGCCACCGCCCCCGCCGCUGUCCAGCAGCUUUAUGCCCGAUCAGAAAAUCAUCAAGAAGCAGGAGCUGCUAAUGCUUGCCGCCGGCGUCUUAGCCUCAUCCGAGGAGGAUGUGCUGGAGGACACCCAUUCUGCUGUUGUUGUUGGCAAUCGGAAGAGUUCUGGCGUCGGACCGAACGCGCAAGUUACGCAAUGGGACAUGAUUUUCUACGGCACGGACCAGCCAGCACAGCCCGAUGACCAGCAGCAUGAUAAUCAAAAGAAUAACUUCUCUGGCAGCGAUAUGUUGCACAACGAUAUAGAAUUCGAUGCCAGUGAUCAGUGGCGAAACAUGCAGCAGGUCGCUGAAGAUCGCAGCAAUACCGCCGCGUGCCUUAAAUGGAGCGACCAAAAAUGUCUAGAAUGCAAUGCAUCCACCUACUAUUACCUCGGACUCUGUUACGACCAAUGCCCUGCGCACAGCUACCCCAGCGCUCAUGCCGAUGACUCCGCAACGGCAGGGGCUUCAGAUAACAGAACAGACCAAUCCAUUGGCGAAGGUCGCCCAGAAGUUCCCACAAAUGAAUUGCUCGAGCCGGAGAACAGCCUGAGCGAGAAAAGUGAUUCUCUGCUGGCGGAGGAUCGCCGACGUCGUCGCCAGUCGGUACUGCUUGCCCAGCGUCGCAUAUGCGCCGCCUGUGACAAGAGCUGUCUACGCUGUACAGGACCACGGGUCUCCGAGUGCAGCAGCUGCUAUCCAGGGAGCCAGUUGCGCCAGUUACCGGGGUCCAAUGAGACAUUUUGCUAUGUGUACACGGUACGGAGCACGGGCAGCAUCGUUGACGUUUCCAAUACCUCGGCUGCGACUGGCGAAGGCCAGUCCUACAGAGAGCUGGCAAUAGUGCUGCUCUCGAUAGUUGCAGUUGUGUCCUUGGUGGGCAUAGGCGUGGCAGGCAAGAUUGUUUAUCAACGACGUAAGGAAGCCGCGCGUUCCAACGACCUCUACACGCGAGUCGCUCUUAUAGCGGAUGAUGAGAGUGACGAGUGCAGCGACGAAGAGAUCUUCACUGCGCGCAUAGUCAACGGGUCCUUCCAUGAUGUCCUAGCAUAUCAUGAUGAGCAGAAAUUGCAUCCCAUUGAGGACCAUUCAGCGCCGUUGAAGAGAUGGGCGGAUGAGGAGAAGAAAGAGGAGGUAGAGGAGGAGGAAGAGGAGAUGGAGCACGCGCAGUUCCUGGCAGCUGAUUGCGAAAGCUAGACUGAAGUUUGAAACCUACAACAUGCAUUUGUAACUCACGAUCAGAUUCAAGAUAAAGCUCAAUUUUAAUCUGUUUUAUUGAAUUCCCUUAUACACACUACAUACUUUUACGACUAUAUACUAGAUAGAUAAAUAUUUAAUUAAAAUGUUUUGCCACACACGUCAUUCACAUUUCAUAGCAUGUAAUGCUACCUAUUUAUAUAUACACA